AUGGUGCUCUUUCGCUUUCUCGCUUUCCUCUCGUACUGCUCGGUUGCCCUGGCCUUGACCUACAAAGGCGUCGACUGGUCCUCUGUCGCCCUUGAGGAGAAGAAGGGUAUUCAGUACACCAACGGUGGCUCGGCCCAGCCUUUGGAAAAGAUUCUCACUGCAAAUGGUGUUAACUCAGUCCGUCAGCGCGUCUGGGUCAACCCUGCGAACGGCGACUACAACCUCGAUUACAACCUCAAGCUUGCCAAGCGUGCCAAGGCUGCCGGCCUCAGCGUUUACUUGACGCUUCACUUUAGUGACACCUGGGCUGAUCCCGCCAACCAGAAGAUUCCCUCCGGCUGGCCUACCGCUGUCGAUGAUCUGGCAUGGAAGCUCUACAACUACACUCAGCAGGUUUCUAACGCUUUCCAAUCCGCCGGUGUGCCUCCCGCCGUCAUCUCCAUCGGCAACGAGAUCACUGCUGGUCUUCUGUUCCCCACCGGAUCGACCAAGUCUUUCUACAAUGUUGGCCGACUUCUCAACUCGGCUGCCUACGGUAUCAGGGACUCUUCUCUCAGCCCCAAGCCCAAGAUCAUGAUCCAUCUUGACAAGGGCUGGGACUGGGGUGUCCAGGAGUACUUCUACACUCAGGUUCUCGGCCAGAAGGGUCUUACUCUGGGUGCCUUCGAUGCCAUGGGCGUGUCAUUCUAUCCCUUCUACGGAUCAGGAGCUACCUUCUCUGCGCUUGAAACAUCGCUCACCAACAUGGCCAACAAAUGGGGCAAGCAGAUCUUUGUCAGCGAGCUGAACUGGCCAACCUCUUGCCCUUCUCCUGCGCAGCCUUUCCCCAGCGAUAUGCGCAACAUUCCCUUCUCUGCUGAUGGACAGGCACAGUUCAUUAAGAAGGUGGCUAGCAUUGUUAGCAAAGUCAAGGGUGGAGCUGGACUUUACUACUGGGAGCCUGCUUGGAUGAACAACCAGUCCCUUGGUUCAUCUUGUCCUUCCAACACCCUGUUUUCAUGGCCAGGCAAGGCUAUGUCUAGUCUCUCGGUCUUCAAAAGCAUUUAA